AGAUCCUGAACGGGGUUAUCCGGAGCGUCAAGAAGGAGGGAGAAUGGAAGGUGCUGAUCAUGGACCACCCCAGCAUGCGCAUCGUCUCGGCCUGCUGCAAGAUGUCCGACAUUCUGGCGGAGGGCAUCACCAUCGUGGAGGACAUCAACAAGCGGCGGGAGCCCAUCCCCAGCCUGGAGGCCAUCUACCUGCUCAGCCCUGUUGAGAAGUCAGUGCAGGCACUGAUCAGAGACUUCCGGGGCUCCCCCACCUACAGCUACAAGGCCGCACACGUCUUCUUCACUGACACGUGCCCCGAGCUGCUGUUCACGGAGCUGGGCAAGUCCCGCAUCACCAAGGUCAUCAAGACCCUCAAGGAGAUCCAUCUGGCCUUCCUGCCCUACGAGAGCCAGGUGUUCUCGCUGGACGAUCCGGGUGCCUUCCAAGCUUGCUACGGCCCGUUCGGGCGCGAAGAGCGUGGGCGGCAGCUUGAGCAGCUGGCAGAGCAGAUCGCCACCCUCUGUGAGACCCUGCAGGAAUACCCAGCCGUGCGCUACCGCCGGGGGCAUGAUGACAACUGCACCCUGGCCCACGCGGUGCUGGCCAAACUCAAUGCCUUCAAGGCCGACAACCCCAGCAUGGGAGAGGGCCCCGACAAGGCACGCUCGCAGCUGCUCAUCGUGGACCGGAGCUGGGACCUGGUGACGCCUGUGCUGCACGAGCUCACCUUCCAGGCCAUGGCCUAUGACCUGCUGGGCCUGGAGCAAGACACCUACACGUACCAGACAACAGGACUGAGCGAGGCGCGUGAGAAGGUGGCACUGUUGGACGAGGAUGAUGAGCUGUGGGUCCAGCUGCGUCACAUGCACAUCGCUGAUGUCUCCAAGUACGGCUCGGCCACUGCCUACUCCCCCCUGCCUGCCCCCUUGCAUGGGCACCCUCUUCUCCCCCAGCCCCAGGACCCCCAGCCGAGCUCCCCUCUCCCCGGCACAGGGAGCCCCAUUGGCAGGGUGCUAGGGUUAGGGUGGGGGGAAGGGGCAGCAAGGCCAGGCCCCUUUGAGUCUCACGGGCCCCCCCACCGCACCCCCCAGGCCAACAUCAAGGACCUGUCCCAGAUUCUGAAGAAGAUGCCACAGUAUCAGAAAGAGCUGAACAAGUAUUCCACCCACCUGAACCUGGCUGAGGACUGCAUGCGGCGCUUCAAGGGCACUGUGGAGAAGCUGUGUAGUGUGGAGCAGGACCUGGCGAUGGGGUCAGAUGUAGAUGGCGAGCGGCUGAAGGACCCCAUGAAGGUGCUGGUGCCAGUGCUGCUGGACUCAGCUGUGGCCCCGUACGACAAGGCGCGUGUCAUCCUGCUCUACGUGCUGCUCAAGAAUGGCGUGAGCGAGGAGAACCUAACCAAGCUGGUGCAGCACGCCAACAUCCCAGCCCAGAGCGGUGCCCUGCGCAACCUGCACCUGCUGGGCACCCAUCUCACGCCUGGUGUAAGUGGCCCACCCUGUGCUCCCCCCACCAACCCUGGCAUCCCAACUCCCUGGGCACACCUAGGGCUCUUCCACCUUCUCCCCCCUCAGGCAAGGUGUGCCCCCUGGAACCCUUACCCACUGGGCACCCUUCUCACUCCCUGCUCGAUUGGACCUGCCCAGAAUGGGCAGCUGCGGCCUGAGACCCGGGAGCGCCUGGAGUCCACGUAUCAGCUCUCACGCUGGACCCCCGCCCUCAAAGACGUCAUGGAGGAUGCCGUGGAGGACAAACUGGACAAAAAGAUGUGGCCAUUCGUGUCUGACCCGGCUCCGGCUGCCAGCUCCCAGGCUGCUGUGAGUGCCCGUUUUGGGCAUUGGCACAAGAGCCGGGCACCAGGCGAGGGCCGGGCAGGACCACGCCUACUGCUGUUCGUGCUGGGCGGCGUUGCCAUGUCCGAGAUGCGCAGCGCCUAUGAGGUCACACGUGCCACUGACGGCAAGUGGGAGGUACUCAUUGGUUCCACCCACAUCCUGACACCCACCCGCUUCCUGGAGGAUGUUGCCGCCCUGGACCAGGCAUCCCCCCAGAAGGAAUAGCGCCCCCCUCCCCUCCCAAUUCCCACCCCAUAUGGCUGCUUGUACCUGACUCUCCAG